AUGACAUAUUCUUAUCCAUACCUGGGCAUUCCUCAGCAGUACGUGUCUCAGCCAUUUUAUCCUCAGUUUUAUGGACAGCAAGGAUCUGAUGAGCAGUUGAAUGGUUCUCGUUCUAUUGAUCCCCAACCAACCUCAUUUGAUCAAUACGCUCAAUUUCAAGGUGAUCAACCAUUCAGCUUCAAUGCGGACGGGAACUCUGGAUUAUUAAGCGACUAUUACGGUGAAGAUAUACUGUUGAUGAACGAUGACAAUAGCCAACUUCAAAAUCCAAAUAACAUGGGUUUUCUUAACCCUAACCAACUUCAAUUUUCUUCAGGAAUGUCUCAUAAUAUUCAACAAGGAAACUCAGCCGGGAUUCCAAGCAUGCCGAAUCCACCUGCCAAUCCUCUGCACGAGAUCUUGUAUAAUCAAAAUAAUUCUGGAGGAAAUGCAUCUGCUGCCCCUUCAAGAACUGUUUAUUUGGGCAAUAUUCCAUCGGAUAUUGAACCAAAUGAGUUACUUGACUACGUUCGAUCCGGUAUUUUAGAAAAUGUGAAGAUUUUACCAUCAAAAAAUUGUGCUUUCAUUUCCUUCAUUGACCACCAGUCUGCACUUUUAUUUCACUCCGACUGUAUCUUAAAGAAACUCAAUAUAAAGGGCCAUGAUAUAAGAAUCGGGUGGGGUAAAAAUACUUCAAUUUUACCUGCUGUUAUGGAAUCAAUUCAAAGAGAUGGUGCUACUAGAAAUGUCUAUUUAGGUAAUCUUAAUAAUCCUACAAAUGGUGAAAUGAUUACUGAACAAGAAUUGAUUGAUGACUUGAGUGCGUACGGCAUUAUUGAUUGUAUUAAGAUCAUACCGGAAAAAGGAAUCGCAUUUAUUCAUUUCUUAUCGAUUUUGAGUGCAAUCAGAUGUGUUGCCAAUUUGCCAUUAAAGGAAAAGUAUUUGGAUAAAAAGUGCUUUUACGGAAAGGACAGAUGUGCAUUUAUUACGAAAACACAGCAGCACAACGCCGCUCAGUAUCUAGGACUAGCUCCUGGUAUGGAACAUAUAGUUACUGCUGCUGAUAGGGAAUUCAUUUCAUCAGCUCUAGUUCAACAAUCUGCAGCUGCAGCUCAAAUAGCAACUCAAGCAGGAGGUGCAAAUAAUUUGGGAAACAGAACUGUUUAUUUGGGAAACCUUCACCAGGAUUCUUCUGUUGAGGAAAUCUGUAAUGUGGUAAGAGGUGGCUUGUUGCAAAGUAUAAGAUACUUAAAGGAAAGGCAUGCUUGCUUCAUUACUUUUAUUGAUCCUAUAGCUGCUGCUCAGUUUUUUGCCAUGUGCCAGUUACAUGGAUUGACUAUUCACAACCGUAGGAUAAAAGUAGGGUGGGGAAAGCACUCGGGUCCUUUAUCAAAUGCUUUAUCUCUAGCUGUUUCAAACGGUGCUUCCAGGAACAUUUACAUUGGUAAUAUUUCUGACUUUGACUUUUAUAACCCUGCAAAGUUAAGAGAUGACUUUUCAAAGUUCGGUGAUAUAGAACAAAUCAAUUAUUUAGAGGAAAAAAAUUGUGCUUUUAUUAAUUUCGUGAACAUUGCUAAUGCAAUUAAAGCAAUUGAUGGAAUCAAGUCAUUCAAUGACUACAAGAAUUUAAAGAUCAAUUUUGGUAAAGAUCGUUGUGGAAAUUUACCAAGACAGUUCCAAACACAACUUACCGUGAACCAACUAAACAACAUCGAUAAUAUGUCAAAUCAAUCAUUUUCUGAUAAUGAAUUUAUGAAUGAUGAACAUCAUCAGACUCAGAAUCAUGCACAACAACCAAUCGCUGAUGAGAUUUGA